AUGGCUUCAGUUGAUAUUCAUUUCGGGACUACUUACAGCGGAUUUGCGUAUGCAAAUAAGAUUAACCCAGAUGAGAUUGAUACCAAUACUCGAUGGUUAGGUAGGGAAGGAUUACCGAAAACUAAUACGGCAUUAUUGUACGAUGCUGAUUGCAUUGAAGUCUUAAAAUGGGGUGAGCCAGCACUUCUCCAAGAAAAGCGGCGACGAAAAAGUCAGGAAAAGGCGCAGAAAGUUCACAUAAUUGAAAGAUUUAAAUUACAUUUGGAUGAUAUGAUGAAACAGAAACCUUUUUUGCCUUCAUUUCUUGAUUAUAAAAAAGCCAUUAUUGAUUAUUUGAUUAAAAUGAAAGGUGUUAUUGAAGAGACGCUUUUUAGGACUUGGCCUGAUCUUAGCUUGAGACAAGUUUUGUUCGUAUUAUCUGUGCCCGCUGAAUGGCCACCUCCAACAAGGGCUAUCCUUCGAGAUUGCGCAUUUCAAGCGGGAUUAAUUGAUGAAGAUACACAUUCUAACUUAGAAUUUACUACAGAACCCGAAGCCGCAGCCAUCCAUUGUUUAUCUGUGUGCAAUCAGCAUGGCAUAUCUGAAUCAGAUACGUUCCUUGUUGUCGACUGCGGAGGUGGAACAGUGGAUUUAACAGUACGCACAUUGCUUGAAAAUAACAAACUACGUGAAGAAACUGUCAGAACAGGUGGCCUAUGUGGAAGUACUUUUGUUGACGAAGAAUUUCUUAAAUUUUUAGGUCGCGUAGUUGGAAUUAGAGCUUUAGCUCAAUUUAAAGAACAAGCUUAUGGAGAUUUACAAAAACUUAUUUAUCGAUUUUUUUGUCAACACGUAAAAUUACCUUUUACUGGAGAUCCUGAUGAAUUUGAAACAAUCGAAUUAGAUUUGCAAGUUCAAUGUUCAACUUUAAUACAAUAUAUUACUGGUGCAGCAAAGAUUAAUCUUACGGAUGAGGAUUGGGUUGUUGAGCUGGAUUAUGAUGAUAUUAAACAUAUGUUUGACCCCGCAAUCAAUGAGAUCAUUAAAUUAAUUGAUGCACAAUUAAAUAGUGUUCCACGACACCUUAAAAUUAAAGCUAUGUUUUUAGUUGGAGGUUUUAGUGAAUCUCUAUAUCUAACAAAACGAAUCAAAGAAACUUUUCAUAAUCGAGUGCCGAAAAUAGCAUUUCCUCGACAACCGGUCGCAGCGAUCGCAAAAGGUGCCGUCUCAUAUGGUCUAAAUAUGCAGAUAAUAGAUUCGAGAAUUAUUCCGUGGACAUUUGGAAUAGAGAUAAGUGACGACUUUGAUCCUCAAAAUGAUCCAGAAACGCUCAAAACUCAAAGUGGUCGGAUUUGGAGAUUUGAUCCCAUAGUGCAACAAGGUGAAAGACUUAAAGUGAACGAAGAACGUAGUAAACUAUAUCAACUAUUACAAAAAAAUCAAGAUGCAGUUUCUUUUAAAAUCUUUUACACAAAACUAAAAGAUCCUAGAUUUCCGUAUCAACCUGAUGUAAAUUUUUUGGGUAAAUUAAGAAUUAUAUUGUCGGAUAAACACCUUUUCUGCGAUAGUCCCGUGGAAUUUUCCUUAAUGUUUGCCAAAGAAGAGAUUAAAGCGACCGCAAGGAAUGGAAUUACAAAUAACUCGUAUCAUACUACCUUUAAAUAUCCUUUUGAAACAGGCUUUUAA